AACAACUAACCCCACUGCGCUGGUCUGGUCUGCAGUGCACUGACUCGAAGAAGAGUAGUAGAGGUAGCAGCAAGAGCUACAUACAGAGAGACCCAAAAGCAUGGAAUGAUGGCAAUAUCAUUCAUGGAUGGAUCGGUCGAUCGAUGCCCCUAAUUUCUCUCUGCCUUGCUGGGGAUCCAAGUACCCCAACUCGCACUAUAUAAGUGCACACCUUUCCUCCCCUGCCCCCAGCUUCUUCUUCCUCCUCCUCCCUGCUAGCUUGCGCACACACCAGCUAAGCUCAGCCGCGAGAGAGAGAGAGAGAGAGAGAGAGAGAGAGAGAGAGAUCAAUGAGCAUCUCGGUGAACGGGCAGUCGUGCGUGCCGCCGGGGUUCCGGUUCCACCCGACGGAGGAGGAGCUGCUCAACUACUACCUCCGCAAGAAGGUCGCCUCCCAGCAGAUCGACCUCGACGUCAUCCGUGACGUCGACCUCAACAAGCUCGAGCCAUGGGACAUCCAAGAGAAAUGUAAGAUCGUCUCCGGGCCGCAGAACGACUGGUAUUUCUUCAGCCACAAGGACAAGAAGUACCCAACGGGGACGCGCACCAACCGCGCCACGGCGGCGGGGUUCUGGAAGGCCACCGGCCGCGACAAGGCUAUCUACAACGCCGUCAAGCGCAUCGGCAUGCGCAAGACGCUCGUCUUCUACAAGGGUCGCGCCCCACACGGCCAGAAGUCCGACUGGAUCAUGCACGAGUACCGCCUCGACGAGCCCGCCGGCGACGCCGCAGCAGCCACGGCCCAGCUCAUUGCUGCGGCUGCUGCAUCGUCGGACGCCGGCCAGGAGGACGGCUGGGUGGUGUGCAGGGUGUUCAAAAAGAAGCACCAUCACAAGGAGUCAGGAAGCGCUGGCGGCGGGAAGCACGGCCGCGGCGGAGGCGACCACGGGCACGGCGCCAGGGCGGCGGCGCACGGGAUGCAGUACUCCUCCAGCGACGAGGCGCUCGACCAGAUCCUGCAGUACAUGGGCAGGUCGUGCAAGCAGGAGCACGAGCUCCUCUCGCCGCAGGGCGGCAGCGGCGCGGGGAGGCCGGGGCCCAGGUAUCUCCCGCCCAUCGAGACAGUGCUCGGCGGGCACGGGUUCAUGAAGCUGCCGCCGCUCGAGAGCCCGUCUGCCACCACGGCGCUGACGCCGCACGUGCCGGGCGAGGCGGCUGCCUCGGGCGGCGACGACCUCCACCGCGUCGGGAACGGGAUCACGGACUGGGCCAUGAUGGACCGGCUCGUGGCGUCGCACCUCAACGGGCCGCAGCCCGACGCGUCGACAGACCAGCUCUGCUUCGACGGCGGCCCCGGCGACGCCGACGGCGCCGCGGACGGGCUCGCCUUCUACUCGGCCGCCGCCACGCGGCUGCUCGGCGGCUCCAGCAGCAGCGCCGGCAGCGACGACGACCUGUGGAGCUUCGCGCGGUCGGCGGGCACGCCGACGGAGCGGCUCAGCCACGCGUCACUGUAGCAGCUACGCACUGCAGCCGUCGCCCUACUACGUACGUAAGUACGUAACCUCCUACGUGGCAUGGCGAUGGAAGAGAGGGAGCUGCAUGCAUGCCCUGGGACAGUAUAAAGACAACACCACCAACAACAACAAGCAGAAAAAUAAAAGAUCGGUAGAAGAGAGUGAUUUCAAAAAUGAUGAUUAGAGUGAUGAGUGAGUGAGAGAGAGAUAGAGAACUGAAAAGAAAGGGAGGAGGACCGAUCAAAGGGGCAGUAAGUUGAAGCGGCACUGUCAAAACGCUCUCCGCCAUGAUCACCUCCUUCAAUUCUCGACCCCUGCUGUUUAAUUUACCCCCGGAUUAUUGUUAUAAUCACAACAUUAUUAGCAAACUGUUACUUAUAAUAAUUAGAUUGAUACCACGUCCAUCCAUCAGUGUACGUAUUUCAUUUCAACUAGCUAGCAGGAGAUAGAGAGAUAUAGAGGGUAAUUUCCUUCAAUUCUGGACCCUUGUUUUUUCUAUGGAUUGCUACAAACUGAAUUCUGUGGAGAAGCUUCUUCCCAUUAGAUUAUAAAUUAUAGAAUUUUAUA